AUAAACCCUGUAACCAAUUUUCCAACCAGUGUGAUAACACUCCAAUCAUUAUUAGCAUGUGGAGCGGUUGGGUUCCAUGCACUAGCCGAGGGGCUUGCUCUUGGGGUAGCUGCUCCAAAUGCUUAUGGACUUGGCAGACACAUGGUACUCCCGGUUUCCCUACACGGGCUUCCUAGAGGGACAGCGGUUGCAAGCUGUGUCUUUGGGGCUACUGACAGUUGGCACGCAGCUCUUGCAGCAGCUGCUUUGAUAGGAUUUGUUGGACCCAUAUCAGCCAUAGGAUCCAUAUUAGCCGGGAUAGAUUACAGUGGACUGGACCACGUAAUGGUGGUGGCAUGCGGUGGAUUACUGCCCAGCUUCUGGCAGGUGAUUAAGAGAGCGGUGAGGUUAGAGAGAAGGAAAGGCAGUGUGGGGAUGGUGCUGGGACUAGCGUGUGCUGUUGUGUGUCUGACUUUCACGAGACUCGUGUGCUUGCACACGCCCUACUGCAAUUCUGCACCUGAGGCUGUUAGAUGAUGAUUCCUUGUGAACAC